AUGGGUUCUAUUUCCGAAGGUCUUGAGAAGACAUUAUGUGAACAUAUGAGUCUCGACUUCAAGCCUGCUGCUAAAUCAAGAGAUUGGAGGGAUGUAGACAUGAAUCAUAUUCUGACUUAUACUUGGGAUUGUGCUGGUCCUGUGUUAGUGGAAAGGAUGACAACUGUAUGGCUUGGGAUGGCAUCUGUGCUCGAGAAGAGUUUAAUUUUUCCGGUAUUGGCUGUGUACCUAGCUUCACACAUUGUCAAUCCAUACGAUUUGAAAUUUUGUUUUGAAACCCAAGCCAAAGAAUGUCGUGGAAUUCUGCGAUUUUGCUAUUGUGAUGAGUUUGGUUAUGCCGUGAGGGCGAUUCCCAGUAAAGGGAUCCUUAUGUACAACCAAUCGUACUCGCAUGCACCUCUUGUAUGGUCGUUUGAUAAGAUCGAAGAAGUACCAUUUGAGCCUUUUUCAGAUGUCAUUUGA